GACGACGACGACGACUACUAACGACUGACUAACGUACUAAAGAGGCCUGAGUCGAGGAUUCAGAGCAAACGAUUCAGAACGGGACACUGGAAGGGAACACAGAAGGGAACCGACGGAUUGUGUUCGGAGCGUACGACAAGUCUCGUGCUAGGUAAUUAGAUUUGGAUUCCUCCUCGCGUGUUCAGCAGCUAUUAUCACCCAUUUUUCUUAAUACUUCUAGUUAUGAUACUUUUAAUUUUCUUAAUAAAUCGGGUAGCUCAUCAUUGUUUUUUAAUAAUGAGUUUGCAUAAAUUAUUGAUGGAUUCAUCCUGGAUCCGCUUCAUUAUUUAUCAUCCCUGAGCCCCCUAGGGGGCGACAGAGGGCCAGGGCUCACGGACACUAGAAGUUGAGGAGGUGCGUGUGUGUGUGUGUGUGUGUGUGUGUGUGUGUGUGUGUGUGUGUGUGUGUGUGUGUGUGUGUGUGUGUGUGUGUGUGUGUGUGUGUGUGUGUGUGUGUGUGUGUGUGUGUGUGUGUGUGUGUGUGUGUGUGUGUGUGUGUGUGUGCGCGUGCGCGUGUGCGUGUACGUACGUGUGUGUGCGUGUGUACGUGUGUGCGUGUGUGUACGAGUGUCCUCAAACUUUUAGAGAGUUGGACUUGAGUUCACGGCGGUCACUCCCACCACGGCACUGAUGACAGCGGUGACGAAGGUGAUGAUGAAGACGGUGACGUACAUGUGUGUGUGUCUGUCUGUGUGUGUGUGCAGAAAUGAGUGUGUUUAAAAGCAUGUCGUACCAAAUUAAUCCAAUGGGAGCAAUGGUUCUGAUAUAGACACGCCCCCACCAACCCACCCACACAGCCACACACACACUUUAACCGGGUUGAGAUGGGGGGGGGGGGGGGGGCUAUCUAUUGAAAGGGGGUGGUGGCUUCAGGAGCAGGAGGAGAGGGAGGGUAUAAACGUCAGGAGGCAGCCUCCGGCGGAGAGACCAAACCAGAGCCAGGGGGUCCGGCGCACAGUGACUCCAACCAGUUUCAGGGAAUCUUCCGGAACGAUGCGCCAGCUGAAGCUCCCUGUGCUCCUCGUCAUCCUUCCCUUCCUGCUGGACUCGGCUCACACGGCCCCACGCGGCUUCAGGUACUUCAGCCCAUCCUUCGCCAGGGAGCCAGAGAUCGCUCUUCCAGACGCUGAAGACUGGCAGCCUCAAGACAUGCUCUCGGACCUUCUCCUGCGCAUCCCGGCCCCAAGGGCCCCGAGGGGCCUCACCGCCCUCAACAGCCAUCACAUCGCGAAGAGAAAGUGCAACGCGGCCACCUGCGUGACGCAGAGACUGGCGGACUUCUUGGGGCGGUCCAGUAACACUAUCGGGGUGACGGGACUGUUGGAGCCCACCAACGUUGGCUCCAGCACGUACGGCAAGAGGAGCGUGCUGACCGUCCGUUUCCCGGACUUCUAGUCCCAGGGGACGGAGGUCCAGAACCACCACAAUACACCGCUCACUUCAGAUCGAGUGGGAAGAUCCGCGAAUUCAAUGAUUCAUGGUAAUAGGAUCAUUUAUGAUCAUGAACGCAAUUUUUAUGAGCCUUUGGUGAACUUCAGUUGAAAAGGUUGUGCUUGUGUCGAUUGUUUUAAAGCAUUUGAAAUGUGUUUUUGUUGGGCGUGUAUCAAGUAAUCUCAUCAUGAAUAAACGAAUAUAAUGAAGUCGAUACACCAAGAUGAUACAAACAGAUGUGUAUAUAGCCUUCCACUAGGCUACAUGUUUAUUUGUGAUGUGUUUUUUUUAAUAAAAUGUUAAAAUGUACAGCCUUGAAAUAGGUUCUAAGUGCUUCCUACUAUAGUCAGGCAGGCCUCUGACAUCAGAUAAAAUAAAGGUAUUCUCAC